UUUGCUCUGUAUGUAGUCACUUGUUGAAAUCUCUAGAAAGACAAAUAUUUAGGAAUGGAGGGAGUAACUUAUAAUCUAGCAAAUCUUUGUCAAGAAAGUAGUGAACAUGCUAUGUGCAUUUCCAUCUCAAUGCAACUGACAUCAUAACUUGAUGGCAAAGAUCUGCAUUAAUUUCUCUAGAAAAGAAGAUCUGCAUCAAAUACAGCAGCAAACAAAAGAACAGGCAUGAAACAACCACAGCAAAUGGAAUGAGGCUCUUGAGUGAUUUUAUGUUCCACCAGCAUUGUCAGUGAUAUUGCCAUGUUGACUUCUUGACAAACUCCACAGAGUCAACCCAGCAUUGGACCAUAUUUCCUCGCUCAGCCACUGUAUGAUAGUGCAGGAAUGUGGCUCGGGUGCAAGCUAUUUUAAUUCAUAUAGCUGGAAUUUUGUGGAUAGGUUUGGUUUGCGUUACCAGAAGGCCGUUCCAGGGCAAAGAGCUUCCAGUUUUUAUUUGAUGUGUUAAUUCUAUGUGGGGCACGGCUAAAUAGCAGUCGCCCGUUAGAAAAGAGCAGUACGGUCACUUGAAGGACAGAACGAGCAGGCGACACGCUCCAACCUGGUUUUUCCCCCCUUUUUUUCUCCCUUCCGUUUCCAAUCGACGGAGGCAUCGUGAUCUCCGGGGCAUCAAACAUGAAAAAUCUUGGACUUUCAGAAAAGAGGAUUUUCAGAAUUUUAGGUCAACGUUCAAACAUUUUGUUCAAACUUUUGCAAAGAAGACUUCCACAAUUUUUUGGUGAAACUUAUAGAAAGUGGACUUCCACAAAAAAAACUUUUCAAAAACGGACUUCCACAAAUUUUUGGGUGAACUUUCGGAAACACACACACAAAACUUUCAUAACAUCAGAAAAUCUUAGGCCCAACUUUCAGAAAAUCUGGGGAAGCUUUCAAAAAAUUCAAAAAUAAAAACUUCAAACAAAUUAGCCUUAGUGGAUGCGGCAGCCCACUUUGCCACUGCGGAAUCCGGUAGCCACGGGGACCUGGCCGGUGGUCGGAUCCGGCUGAGCCCACCACGGGAGCGCCAGGAUUCGUCUGUCAUGGCCCAUCACCAAGGGUACUAUCGUGCCCCGCAACCGUGGGCUUUCUGGUUCGCUGUCGGGGAGUCCAGAUGUGCCAUGAAGGAUCCUUGGACACAACGGCACUGUGGCUUGCCAGCUGUCGCAGGUGGAGUGCUAGCCAUAGCCUAGUGUGGCGGUGCCACAUGUAGCCAGUGCAGGGUAGCGACCGUUGAAGUGUAUAUGUGGAUUGCCUAGCCCUUUCCAUCAGUUCGGACUUUUGGUUGUGUUGACUAGUGCAUGAAGCUUGACAUGGUGUCAGAGUCUAAGGUCUUGAGUUCAAGUCCUGGUUUUUGCAAGUCAUCCAAAAAUUGUUGUUGUCCCCUCUGUGUCUACAUAUAGGCCUCUUGAGCCAUACCUCAGAGGGGGUGUUGAAGUGUAUGUGUGGAUUGCCUAGCUCUCUCUCCAUCUCACACGACAUUGAAAAUAAGCCACUAGAGCUACUAGAGAAGGCUAUAGAGCUGAGAGGAUAAGAAGCAUGUGGAAGGGAUAAGCGGAAUAAGUGGAUGAGAAAAAGGGAAGGGAAAAAGAUAAGGUGGUGAGCAAGGUCGUUCUAUGUGUGGUUCUUAGAUCAGAACCAAGUGAGCAAAUGCAGCGAAUUCGUCAAACCAGAUUCCUUCAUUUAAGUACACAAAUGAGAAAAGUAACCUACACCAAACAGUCAUGAAAAUGAAAGGCAGGGAAUAAGCACACAAGGGUUAGGCGGAUCAGCACACACUGUGCACCCCAUCUCAGUCUGAAUGACAUGCUCUACAGUUGGGCGUGAUACACAUACUCACUUUUGAAGAGUUAUCCGCCUGUAAAAUCGCAGCAAGUAGAUAAUAGGAUAAGAGGGUGGAAAGCCUAAAGCGUGAUGCAGCAUGGUCAUUUUCAUCACAAUUUUUUCUGUUCCUCUAUUUAUUAACAGAGAUUUCCAUGCAAAAGUUACAAUUUCUGACCAUUAUAAUAAGGAAAUGAUAGAAGACUUUAGAGUAUAUGUAAUGCAGUGAAAGUAAGUCAAGGGAAGAUGAACGACGACAUACCAAUUGAUCAAAAGUCUCCUGUGUUGUUGGCUGGUGGUUUGAGCUCACCGAUCUUGGAAAAUUAUAGGAGAUGUAUGUUACAUGCACACACACAGAAAAACUUAGGCAUUUCCAGUGCUGCCUAUGGCAAGAGGAAGGAAAUAAAUGUGCUCAAAGCCAGCAUGGUACACUGAAUAUUAUUUUUAAGGAUGUACACUAAAACUUGCUAACACCCUAUACUAUAAUUCAUAGUCAUGGUUGGAAGUUGGGACAUGUUUUUCAGUGAUGUAUCCUUGGCAGCCAUGCCAUUCACACCAGCACAUGUGAGCUACUAGCAGUGAAGGAUGCUAAGAGAAUCCCUCACAAAGGGUGGACAAUGGGCCAAAGACAACCCUGAUGUGUUCUUAUAAUUCAAACUGGCAUGACCCUACUGCAAAUCAGUCACACUGAACUUCAUAUAUUAUCUAUUAAAUCUAGGCGCAAAACAAAGCAGUGUGCCACAUCAUGACAUUCAUCCGUCGUAAUCCUAUUCCAAAUUUCCAAUCCAACGAACCAAUUGUAGAGAAAAAGGCUCUCAGUAGAGUGUUCAUCACAUCACAUUUAUAUGAAACAAUAGAGCUUGGUAAUAAUCUUUCCACACUAAAUUGCAAACAGAGAACAGAAUUACCACAACAGCACGCAGGCACAAUCAUGGUAACAUAUAUGUAGUCCAUAGUUAUGCCACUUAGAAAAACGGUUACUGUUUUCUAUUAGCUGUAUGCAUAGGAACUACAUGUAGGGAAAGAUUAUCAGAGUGCUACUGUCUAUGAUGAGCAUAGCUUGUAUAGAAAUUAAGAUAGUAUAGUCCUGUAAGCUUUUCUGGAACUGAAUAUAUUCUGUACUCCAAUACAUCCAGUAUAAGUUUGUUGACAGGCUUGAGUCUGUUUCAAAAGAUCUGAUGGACAAGAUUUGCUCAAUUAUUUAUAGUAUUCACUAUGUUCAUAUAUGAAGCAAGUCGGCUAAGACUUCUGAACUUAUUAUGCAGCAGCCAAGAUGAUUAUGUACUCAGAUUAUGAAGCCACCAUGCAACAGUACCCACCUUGGCCAUCCUAUCUCAAAAUAGUAACACAGUAUUAGCCGUCCACAAUCAACAGGAGUAUAUUUGGUAAAUUUCAACUGUACUAACCACCCAACAUCAAACUAUAAAUCAUCGGUAACAUGCUUAAGCUCAAGCCUUUUUUCUAACCACAAUCAACAGGAGUAUAUUUGGUAAAUUUCAACUGUACUAACCACCCAACAUCAAACUAUGAAUCAUCGGUAACAUGCUUAAGCUCAAGCCUUUUUUCUAACAACAAGCUCUAAGUUUGUCUGUAAAUUAAGCUCAAGUCUUUCAGCGAAGUUAUUUCAAGACUUGGAUCCAUAAGAACAAGUCAUUUCAAGACUAGCCUGCAAUAACGCAAGCUAACAGCUAAUUAACUGGACUUCCAGUCACAGAUAGUCGAGUCAUGGAAGAGAUAGGUUAGAGAUUUAACAAACCAAACCAUAUGAAUAACUGCAGCGAAGAAAAUGCAGAAGAUGCCAGUAAAUGCACUUCCUAGGCUGAACAUCACCUUAGAUAUUUGCAGAUCUAUAUGGUCCCACUGAAACUAUCUAGUGACAUGGCAGGGUGCUUUAAAACUUUUCUCGUGUAUCUUCCGCUUCCUGCCUCUUGAUGAGGUUCCAAAAGGUAGAACAGCUAAGGGGAGUACGAACGAAUGGCACAAAACCUCAGACUUUGGAAUCCAGAGACCCCUUUUGCAAAAGAUGUGCACAAAGAGAGCAAGGAGCAUCUCCCACCCUUUGCCUGCUUUUGUUAUACCACAAUGCCUUCUAAUUCUCCUAUCUUUGGGUUUAUUCCAGUAAUCUAGUUCAAGAAACAGGCAGUUCCUUUUAUACAAAAUCUGUACGAUUUGCUUCAGAAAAUUCUUAGUGUGCCUAUAAUUACGAAUUCAUUAGGAAAAGAUGAAUACACAUGCAUCCCUAAAAUGGAAACUAGCUAAAAUACAACAUAAAGUGUAACCCCUUAUACAUUAGUAAGUCUCCAAACUGGGUCUCUCAAAUGUUUUGACUCCUGCUCAAUUAGAUGAUUCCAAAUUACGUGAAAGUUGUUACCCUUUUAUUCUCUACCUGUGCCAAAUUCCAACGAAUAAUUGACAAAAAAUGAUGUAGUAUUUGAGAAUUGGCAUCGAGACAAGCAGCGUAGCAGCAACAUCCGCGUGCAACCACAAGAUGCACAGCGGCAUUCAUCGCCCCCACAAAUGACACCACCUGUCACUCACUGGAUUCCACUGCCACCCUCCUAUUAGUACUCCUCACUGAAAUUCCAACACUGACUGCUUCUGCUCACUCCCAAGUAAGUUCAAGAAAAGGAUCAAAGGCCACGGGAGAAGAGGAACAUGAGAAGAUAUGUAUUCUCCUGAAUAGGACACACUAGAGACUAGCCAGAGUCUUCGGUAAGACCCCUCCACCUACAAGUUGCAAGAUUUAUAUGUUCAUGAAUUGCAAUUUCAACAGCAACCUUUUGGAGAACGAAGCUGGAAGGAUAAGUUUUCCAUGGGCCAGGCCAUGCGAUGGAUGCCAUGCAGCACCAAGCGCAGUAUACUGCUGUGCUGAUGCUGCAUAUCUCUGUGCAUCUUGUGACACACAGGUUCAUUCUGCUAACCGUGUGGCAUCACGCCAUGAGCGUGUGCGUGUCUGCGAAACCUGUGAGAGUGCACCAGCGGUGCUGGCAUGCCAUGCAGAUGCAGCAGCACUAUGUACCGCCUGUGAUGCACAGGUGCACUCUGCCAACCCAAUUGCUCAGAGGCACCAACGAGUGCCUGUGCUGCCACUCCCAGCUGUUGCCAUUCCAGCUGCCUCUGGCUUCGCGGAGGCAGAAGCUUCUGUCACUGCCCAUGGCGAUAAGGAAGAGGGAGAGGAAGUGGACUCUUGGCGCCUCAGAAGAAAUUCUGAUGACAACAAUUGUGCCAACAAGAUAGAUCGAUACUACAACCUUGUCGGAUACAAUAUGUAUUACAACAACAUCACUUGUGACCCAAGACCAGAAGAACAAUACAGAAUGCAAGAACAGCAUGUGCAGAACAGGUACAUCGAGAAGCAAGGGUGUGAGUGUGUAGUACCUCCACAAGUCGUCAUGGCAAGUGAGCAGCAAGAGAGCGAUUAUGGAACUAGAGGAGCAGGGCAGGCUGCCUCCGUUACCGCUAUCACCAGUACCUACACAGCUUCCAUCAGCAAUGACGUAUCUUUCUCAUCAAUGGAGGUGGGUAUAAUACCAGACAACACCAGACCAGAUAUCUCAAACAGCAACAUCCUGACUGGCAGUGAAGCCAUGGAGCUCUCAGGCCAUUCACUUCAGAUGCCAGUGCACUUCAGCUCCAUGGACAGAGAGGCCAGGGUCCUCAGGUACAAGGAGAAGAAGCAGACAAGGAAGUUUCAGAAAACCAUAAGGUAUGCAACAAGGAAAGCUUAUGCAGAAGCACGACCACGGAUCAAGGGUCGAUUCGCUAAAAGAUCAGAUAUAGAGCAUGAGGAGGACCACAUGCUGUCACCACCAGCCCUACCAGAUACUAGUAGCUAUAAUACUGUUCCAUGGUUCUGAUGUAAUGAGAUAACAAAAAAUGUGUUGACAGACACAUGGAAUGAUGGACACCGUAAUCAUAUGGUUCAAUGCAUUGUGCAAGUGUCCAAAAUCUCUUGUAAAUCAUUUAAGUUUGCUCUGAGACCAUAUGAAGACAAAUCAUUGUGUGGUCCAACGUAAAUGUGAAGUGUGACAUAAGAGAAAACAUCUAACAACAAUUCAAGUAUUUCACGCGAUUAUCAAGAGUAGCAACAAAGGUUGGGACUUCUACUGUUAGUAGCAUUUUUACAUGUCAAGAUGAACAACUCUGCUUUGCCUUGGGUAAACAACAUGGAGCAUAGUAGUUAUUAAUAACAUAACAU